AUGUCUAGUCAAGGCAAUGCUCAGAGUUGGACUGAACACGAAGUUCUCGUCUACCUCCUCAGCGUCAUUGAGGCUGGCAAUGUGCAACUCGACUACAAUGUAAGUAUUCCUGUAUUCACUAUGAAACCAGGUGUACUACUCCUAGGUAGAGCUCUUUUGAUUGAUAUAACACAGAAUGCUCCUGUACCUGCUGGCCGCAACGUGAACGGAUGUCGCCAGAAGAUGAACAAGACCAAGCUCGCGCUGAAGCCAGAGAUUGAUGCCCUCAAGGCUGGAUCACCCAUUGCUGCCGUUGUCACUACCCCUGCUGGUGGAACUCCGACCAAGAAGGCUGCUACACCACGCAAACGCAAGCCGAAGACUGACGAUGAGGGCAACACUGGUGAGGUUACUCCCAAAAAGGGUCGCGGUCGCCCCAAGAAGAACAAGGAGCCUACUCCUGAGGCUGAAGAGGAUCAGGAGGAUCUCGGUAUCAAGUCAGAGUUUGGAGAAGACGAGGUGGACGACAUCCUGAAGGAGGCCGAGCUGAUCUGA